CCGCCCGGACAAAAACAAGGGAGCGGCGGGCGGCGCCUCCAUUUUGAUGCGGGGCUGGGGCUGAGACCGAGCGGGGGCUGCGGGCAUCGCCGUGACUCGCCGGGGCGAGGCGGGCGGGCCGGCCCUGCCUGGAUGUGGGGCCAGGCCCGCAUCCGUGCGGUGACGGGAGCCGGGCUCGCCUCCCCGCCGGGGCGGUGAGGGCCGCGGGGGGGGCCGAGCCCGGUGCCCCCUCAGCACCGCCCCAAGGCCUGCUGCCCCCUCAGCGCAGCCUUGUGUCCCCUCAGCACCGCCCCGAGCCCCUUCGUGGGCUUCCCCGGUGCUGAGGGAACCUCGCAGACCUCCGCCGCCCCAGCUGGGUGUGUCGUCGAGGGAGAGGACCCCCGCCGAGCCGAGGGGAGAGAAGAUGAGCAGCGAGGCGCUGUGGCUUUUCAAGCAGCUGAAUCUCCACCUGGAGCAGGAGGGGAGGUUUCAGCCCCGAGAGAAGGGGCUCGGCCUCAUCGAGGGCACCGUCGAGAAUGAAAAUACUCUGUGUCCGAGACAAAGGAAUGCCAAGGUGGAAGAUCUUUGGAGUCUGACCAACUUUUUCGGGUUUACAACUGAAACGUUUGUUUUGGCUGUUAAUAUUCUGGAUCGAUUCCUGGCUCUUAUGAAGGUGAAACCGAAGCAUUUGUCUUGCAUUGGAGUUUGCUGUUUCCAACUGGCUGCCCGAGUAGUCGAAGAAGAAUGCAAUAUUCCAUCUGCUCAUGAGAUCAUCCGGAUCAGCCAAUGUAAAUGCACUGUGUCCGACCUGAAACGGAUGGAAAAGAUAAUUUCAGAGAAGUUGCACUUUGAGUUUAACGCUACUACUGCCUUAACCUUCUUGCACUUGUACCAUGCUAUUGUACUCUGUCAUACCUCAGAAAGGAAAGAAGUAUUGAAUCUUGACAAAUUGGAAGCACAGCUAAAAGCUUGCAACUGUCGUUUAGUCUUUUCUAAAGCAAAACCAUCUGUCUUGGCCUUGUGCCUUCUCACUCUGGAGGUUCAGACAUUGAAGUCUGUUGAGCUGUUUGAGAUCCUUCUGCGUGUUCAAAAGCAUUCUAAGAUAAGCGAUAGUGACCUGCUUUACUGGAGGGAACUGGUCUCAAAAUGCCUCGCAGAUUAUUCUUCUCCUGAAUGUUGCAAGCCUGAUCAUAAAAAACUAGUUUGGAUUGUUUCAAGACGUACAGCCCAGAAUCUACAAAACAGUUACUACAGUGUUCCUGAGCUGCCAACGAUACCGGAGGGUGGAUGUUUCAAUGAAAGUGAGAGCGAAGACUCCUGUGAAGAUAUGAGCAGUGGAGAAGAAAGCCUUAGCAGUUCUCCUCCGAGUCAUCUGGAAGGCACCUUCUUCUUUGAAAUCAAACCUAAAACAAAGUGGCAAACUCUUAGCUGUCGGUCUUAGCGUCAAGUCUUGAUUGUAUUAGGCUGAGACUUCUAAUGCACCAUUGAGUCUUUUGGCAAUAAUAAAUGAAGUGGUAAUCUGUAAACUGUAUUAAGGCAAGAAUUGCUGUGGUACAUCGAUGCUUUGAAUGCCUGCCUUGUUUGGGUUUUUUUGGCUGUUGUAGUUUUAAGGAAGAAAAAAAACUGUUCAGGUGCCCAGUUCAGAGAAAAGUUCAUGUAUAGUUCUGUUUGCAACAAAUGUAAAUGCAGUACCAUACCUGGUUGUCCAAAACAGUUAGCGCAGCUAAACACAGCAGCAGCAGUGAAGGCUGGCAGCAUCCGGGUCUGUGUUCACAGGAACACAGCCAAUACAUAGUAGGAGGCAUUUUCCUCCUUCUACUUGGCAUUCAUUCUCAUUUGGAGAAGUGUCCAGUUUUGGGGUCAAGAUGUUUGCCAACUUGUGUGAGUCCAGCGGGGAGCUGCCAAGAUGGUUCAGUGCUCUAGGGCUUAAGACUUUUGAGGAGAGGCUGAACCAAGCUUAGCCUGUCAAAGCAGCCUUGGAGGGGAAAGUAGGAUUGAAGAACAGCCUUUUGGUGGCUGAGGAGAUGAUUUCAUAAUCUUGAAUGAGGAGCAUGGGGCAAGAAUGAGAGGUUAACAUUACAUUGAAAUGUAAAGUUCUCAGUUACUGGAAGAAGGUUGCUCCAUGGGACAGUCCAACAUGGGAGCAGACCGAGAGGGCCUGUGAAGUCUUUGUCCUGUCAAGUUCUCGGGAUUCAACAUGGCAAAACCCCAGGCUUGGUUUGAAUUCAGUGUUCACGCUGCUUUGAGCAGGAGGUAGGACUAGAGCCUUCAUGAGGGCACCUCCACCCUUUAUUUUGGGGUCAGAUUGCACUGGCAGAGUAGGUUUUGUAGACAUAGAACCAGUCUGAAGUGAUUUACUUUCUAAUGGGCCAGAUACUGAAACUGCUUUAACACCUCAUGUGCUGUGUUCCUCUGCAGCAGGAUCUUCAGUUGUGUACUCCAAGUAGAUUUUUUCUCUUCUUAAAGCUUGGUUUUUAUAAACUUCAGGAAUGUGCACUUGGCACAGGAGUAUGCAUGGUGGAGGAAGAAGUUUCUAGUUAAUACUACUUUUCAUUAAAGGAUAGUAUGAAGCAUCUGGCAGGGAGUAACUUCAUGUUUUCUUUAAUACUGUUUUUACACUGAAAUUCAUAUUGUGUACUUCAGUGUGUUUAAAAUCGUUAACAUGUCAAUCCAUGCUAUUAGCUUAGACUUAUUAAAAUGGUACAUCUUGAUAAGUCUACAUUCCUUUUAAUAUUUAACCCUUGUAGUUGUUUUUCCAGUAUAUUCACGUUAUUGAUUGAGUCAUAAUCAGACUUGUUUGCAUGCUUAUGUAAAGCAGUUAGUGCAGGAAAAGUUGAUAUUAUGCAGUAAUAUCAGGUAAAUGUGACGUUGAUGAAGUAGUUAAUGUAAUGGUUUUUCUGAACUUCUAUCAAAGCACAAACUGAAGUAUGAUUGUGUUUCUCUGCAUUGAGAACAUGGCUAGGUAGCAAGUGGACUAUGAUUAGCUCAGAAUAAUGGUGUGAAGUGUGUUGGUGCCAAAGUAGAAAUGAAGGAGCAAACAAGCUAAAGGCUGUUUUGUAGAUGCAAGCAUUGCUUUAGAAUGGUAAGAGCGGUGCUGUGAGUUCGUAACUGUUCUGUGAUUUCAGUUUCAUAAAAAUACAAAAAGUUUACAAAAAUGUAUAUAAAAAUGUAAAUGAAAAAAUGUACAGAAAAAAAUUUAAAAUACAAAAUGAGCAGAAAAUACUGUAUUUUUUUACGUUCUAUGUAACUUUUUGUAGGUAUGUUGCAUGUAGAUAGUAACUUAUUGUGUACUCUGUAUGAUAUAAAUACUGUACACCUGAAAACUUCUUAUUUCCAGUCUGCGCCUGGAAGCUCACUUCGAAAUAGAGUACUUUGCUUACAGGUAACAAACCUACUGACUCUUGUUUUGGUUGAGAACAAAAAUAAACCCAGUGCUGUAUUUGUUAACUGGUGUAAGUUACGGUUGAUCACUUGAAGCUUUUGGCUUGCCUUUUUUUGUUGUAUACCUUGUAUAGUUCCAUGUUCUUCAGAAGCUUUUGUGAGCCAUUUACAAAGGAAGACUUCUGUAUGGCUUGCUACUGGAUGGAAAUCUCUUCAGUUUUGCUCCUGUCAGUUUAAGAAGCUGGUGUGAGGUAUCUCUGCUUAUCCAGCUGCAACGGGCUCUGUUGUACUGUGAUGAGUGGUGCGAAUGGUUCAGCCACAUAUUUGGCAUGUGGGAGAUCCAGCUAGUGGUCAUGUUCCUGGUUUUGCUGGAUUUGUGGUUGCUGCUGUUCUGGGUCUACUGAGAGGAGCAUGGUCUCUGGGUGUUUGCAUCUUGCCAUUCCAAAAUACAUACAGUAACUCAUCAAAGGCAAAAUGGAGCUCGCUUCCUUUUUAUCUCAUCCUGCCAAGUUAUUCUCAAAUGGUGCCUAUGUUGUGAAAACUAAGGAAUAAGGAGCUGUAAAUGGUUCUUGCUGGAAACAUGCUCUUGGCCCAAGGAAGAUGGGGGAGCCAGGACCUGCACUCCACUGCCUGCUGAGAUGGUGAUUAGCAUUGUGAUUGACCAACUGCAUCUUGUAGCCCAGUGCAGAACUCUUUGUGCUUGUUCUUGUGUGAGGGACGGAAUGAGUGCAAAGGUGCUCAGGUCGGCCAGGCCAGCCUGUUCUCCAGCUCUGGCUGCUGCUGCUAUCAAUAGAGAACCCUGCCUCGCAUGUUCGGGCAUUGGGGCUGGGAAUGAACAGAGAGCUGUGGGGCUGACAAUGAGUGCUGUUACUCAUUGGCAGGGAGCACCUAUGGGAAGAAUAGGGCCACUGAUACUGUUAAAACAAUCCAGAGUGUAGUGAUGCAGCUUUGUCUUUAUGGAGUUCAUAGCAACAUUUUAAAUAGAGGAAUGCACUAGAAAGCUUUUCACUUCCCACAUACAACAGAUGAGGGAUGGAUGCUUGACAUUAAGAGUUCUGUGUGAAAUUCCCUUCUGUCUGUUAACCAACAUGUACUGCUGACAAUGAAUUC